AUGAAUCUUACUUCAACGAAUCUCAAACGAAUGGUCGAACGAGAGGAACAGCACAUGCAAGAGAACGAACGACUCCGCCAGUUCAUAUUACAACAAGAGAAAGCUCGGGCGCAGAGUGUGGAAGCUGAAGUCGAAACGCGGUUGAGAACGACAACAGAGAAUCACGAAACAGAACUCAACGCCCUUCGCGGGGCUCUAUCGGCAAGUGAAGAACACUCUCGAGGUCUUGCCGAUGCAGCAAACGCCGAUGCUGAGGCCCGUUGGAUAUCGACCACAAACGACCUCAGGUCGCAGGUUAACGAGCUUCAAGCCCAGUUAGCUACCAGGAACGAUUGCGAAACAGCACAUGUGGUGCAGCUUGAGAAAGAUAUUUCGGCUGUCCAGCUUGAACGCGACACUUUACGCAGAAAGCUGGGACUUACCCACAGAAACCUGGCACAGGCUCAUGAUGACCAUCAAAAGGUGGCAGUCCUUGAAGGUACCGUUACAAGGCAAUAUGACGAGAUCGUGGGCCUGAGUAAUGGCCUGCUUCAGCUCAAAGACCGCAAGUUGAAAAAGACUCAAGACUAA